GUGUUUGUUCUGCUGCAUGGUUGCUGUCCAUGUGGUCCGAAUGAGUUGCUUCUUCUGCUUCUGCUUCAUCUGCUGCUACUUUAAGCGACUUUGAAACUCGUCUUAACAACCUGUUAAGCUCUCAUUCGAAUAAUCCUAACCUUACACCAGAGGAAAUAGUAGAGGCUUCAAAAUCAGUAGCUAUUGUUGCAGCUGUGGCUGUAGAGGCUGCAAGAGCUGCCUCUGAAGAGAAGGCUGCAAAAGCAUCAAAGGCAAUGGCUGCUGCCAAGAGCGCCUUAGAUUUGGUUGCCUCAUUUUCUGAAGAGGCAGCCUCUAAAGAAAAAUAUCUGAAAAAGAAUACGCUGAAGAAGCAUCUUCCAGUUCGGCUUUUGUACAAAAAAAACCAACCGAUUGAGAACAACAAGACAAAUGAAGAGUUGGCCCGUAAGUUGCAUCGAGCUAGUAACAGCUCCCCCAGAAUCUCGAAGAACGCUUCAAGUUCUGACUGGAAGGGUCAUAAACACAAGAAGCCUAAAAGCUCAGUGAGUUCUGAGAAAAUUAGGGUAUCCAAUGGGGGUACCUUGUUGGAAGGACACCUCCCAUCUAUGUCCGAAUGCAAAAGAGAUUAACAGACAAAUAUUGCACACAAAUCUUGCAGGCAC